GGGAUUCCUGUGGAACCACGUGACAUCUAGAAUUUGGCGCUAAUGCUUCGCGCCGGCCAUCGAUUCGAAUAAAUCGAUUAGACCACGUUCUCGACCUAAGUAAAAGGCUAAUAUAAUACUCUACUGUCAGCAGAAUGUCUAACAUGGAAGAGUUACUGGAUAGCGACUCCAUGAGUUUGCAGAAAUCCCUCGCGGAAACUGACCCGGUGAUGUAUGAGAUCUUGAAGAAGGAGAAACACCGGCAGAUUCAUGGACUGGAACUCAUCGCAUCUGAAAAUUUCACCAGCCAAGCGGUGAUGGAAGCCACGGGAUCGUGUAUGACUAAUAAAUACUCGGAGGGACAAGUUGGUCAGAGGUAUUAUGGCGGGAAUAAAUACGUGGAUGAGAUGGAGUCGUUGUGUAAGAGUCGAGCGCUUGAGCUCUUUAGAUUGGACCCAGAAAAAUGGGGUGUCAAUGUUCAGAUCUACUCAGGAUCCCCUGCAAACUUUGCCGUUUACACUGCCCUUCUUAAUCCUCACGACCGGAUCAUGGGUCUAGACCUCCCUGAUGGAGGCCAUCUGACGCAUGGCUUCAUGACAGACAAGAAGCGAAUCUCCGCAACAUCAAUCUACUUUGAAUCAAUGCCUUAUAAGACAAAUGCCCAGACUGGUUAUAUUGAUUAUGACCAGCUUGCUGAGAAUGCUCGCCUGUUCCGCCCCAAGCUCAUCAUUGCAGGGAUAAGUGCAUACCCUCGUCAUCUAGACUAUGCCAAAUUUAGGCAGAUCUGUGAUGAAGUAGGGGCAUACUUAUUGGCCGACAUGGCUCACAUUAGCGGCCUGGUCGCAUCUGAUGUUGUGCCUGGUCCAUUUGAGUAUGCCGAUGUUGUGACAACAACUACCCAUAAAUCCUUGCGUGGUCCUAGGGCCGGUAUGAUCUUUUAUCGCAAGGGUAUCAAAGGCUACAAGAAGAAUGGAGACCCCAUAAAGUAUGACUAUGGCUCCAAGAUUGACUUUGCCGUUUUCCCUGCCCUACAAGGUGGUCCCCACAAUCACCAGAUUGCAGGUCUUGCCGUGGCUCUCAAGCAAGCCAUGACACCUGAGUUCAAGGCUUAUGGACAGCAGAUACUGGGUAAUUGUAAGGCGAUGGCUGAAGUGUUCAUGGAGCGUGGAUACAAACUUGUGACCGACGGCACUGACAACCAUUUGGUCCUGAUGGACUUGAGGCCAAAAGGAAUUGGAGGAGCACAGGCUGAGAGAAUUUUAGAGGAGAUUUCCAUCACUGUGAACAAGAACACAUGCCCAGGCGACAAGAGUGCCUUGAAGCCAGGAGGGCUUCGCAUUGGGGCCCCCGCCCUCACUUCCCGCAAGUUCAAGGUUCAUGACUUCAAACAAGUUGCUGACUUUAUUGACCGCGGCAUCAAACUGGGGCUGGAAAUCCAGGAAGUUGCUGGUACUGACUUCAAGAAGUUCAUAGAAGCUCUUUCCAGUGAGAAGUUUUCAGAAAAAGUAGAAAGUCUGCGCAAAGAGGUUGAGAAGUUUUCUGGAAAGUUCCCUAUGCCAGGAAGAGACACCAUCUGAAUGGCUACAAAACAUUAUCUAAUAUCAGGUAGAAGCAGUAACAUCUAAUAUUGUGUGUGGUUCAUAAUGGAAGUAGGUGUAUGAUAUUCGCUAUAAUUGCUUAGAAAAAAUAUAUAUUAGGAAGUUUUCUUUAGCUCUGCAAUGUUAAAGAAUGUCUGCUAGACCACCAUUUUACUCUCCAGCAGAGUCAUGCAUAGCUAUAUUUCCAUCUGAUAACAGGCUUUUAGCAGCCGACAGUCAUGUAGCUGUUCUUUUACUCAGAGAAAAUGGAUGGACCUCUAGAUUCUAAGAGAAAACCAACUGACCAUGGCUGGAGAGCAACAAGCUUUUUACUUGAAUUCCUUGCAAAAUUGUGAAGGUGUUCCAACUUAGAUACAACCAUAUUCUGGGCUAGUUGACAUAGUUCUUUGGAAACAGGAAAAAUAUUUCAAACCAAUCUUUUUUGCUAAAAUUCAUGCUACACAGUACAACCUAGCUGAAAAAAGCCUUUUAAGUCAAGUACAUAACUGAGAUAUUGAGGAUCAAAUACUGUAUAUCAAAUAUCAGACUAUCAAUCGUGGAUGUUUUUUUGUGGUUAUUUUUAUCUCUUGCAAAUAGGCGAGACAAGACAAACAAUGACAGACAUUCUUUAAACAGCAGCUUUGCAGAGUAUUUCAGCCACUUAUCUAGCAGGAUAAUAAGGUAGUUCAGGUAUUUGAUUAUUUGUGCACUGCUGAGAACUACUGAUAGGGUUCUAUAGUUCAGCUAUACAUUCUUUUUUUUAUAAGAACCUUUUUAAUAAGAACGUCCAGCCUGAGGUUUUACGAAAUUUUAAGAACAUACUAAGAACAUACCGAGGCUCAGAUAGCAGGAAAAUUUUCUUUUUAGUCCUGAUGCAUUCUAAAAUGCAGAAUCAAAUUGUGCAACAACCUUAUUAUUGCUAUUGAUCAUUACCUAGUUCGACUCUUUUUCUAAUGAUUUAUUGGGUAUUCUUAUACACACUAACAUUUAAGAACAUUGUUAAGAACAUAUCCAGCCUUAAAAUGUCCCAAAAAAAGAACAUCCCAGCCUUAACUGAAAAUUAGACGUUUUUAUAAAAAAAAAGAGUGUACUGAACUUAAAAUGAUAGAUUUGUGUGCUGUUAAGCCUGUGUUGACUUUACAUUGGACUAAUUAAUAUUUAUUAGUAUUGCAAGUGUACAACACGGUCCAAUUAAAUUAAUGUUACCUGUUA